AUGGAAAACAGCACCUCAAAUGCUCUAAAUUUACACAAAUUCGCUGUAAUAGAAAAUUCCGAUCGAUCACUCCAGCAACCACUUAUGCAGUGUAUAAACAUAUUUUCGACUUGCAUUAAUUUCAUUUUGUUUUAUUUAAUUUUAUCAGAUAGGCCAAAAAGAGAGUCCAAAUUGUAUCGUAUAAUUCUAUUGACGCAAACUAUGUCACUUUGGUUAUCUCAGGUUCACUGGGGAAGUUUGCAUGGCCUAGUUUUCAUUUUUCCGUUCCCUGGAUUAUAUGGAAUUGGCUACUUGGCAUCAUAUACUAGUUCUUAUGUUUUGGUGUUCGGAAAUGUUCUGUGGGAGAGCGUGAAGAGUCAAAUCCAAUCUCGGUUUUAUGAAUUUCAGAUAAUUUGGAUAUUUUUAUUUGGUAUCACAGUUCUUACUAUUUUCCUUGUGUCCAUUGUCAGACUUCGUGCAAUCGCUAGACACAACAGUAUAUUUCAUUUCAAUGAUAAGUUUUAUUACAUUUUCACCUUUACCCUCUCUCUAUACAUUUUGGUUCCGAUGCCAUUUUGUUGGAUUUCAUCAGGUUCAACACCUAUUGAAACCCAGAAUUUUGUAAAAACUUAUUAUCCAAAUACUCUGAAAGUACUCGAUAUUCUCGGAGUUUUCAUUUAUACGGAUGCCUGGAAGUUUCGGAGAAUAAUAAUUGUAGCUGUUGGAUUGAUUUCUACUGCUGGCUGUUUAUAUGUUUUUCUUUGUCAAGCCAUUCUAUAUGAAAUUCGUCAACAGUGUCGGACAUUGAGUUCGACCGUCUUGAAGUACCAUAGAAAAGCGUUGAAGGACACCAUAGUACAGAUUGUUAUUCUUGGUAUUUUUCUUGGAACUACACCCUGCUUACAAAUUUUGAAUGCCUACCGUGACCCGGAAGCGGAUACGAUUACGGCUACCAUUGUUAUCAACGCCAUCUUUGUAUCCUCCCCCAUUCCUUAUGCCAUCACAAUUAUUUAUCAAAACACUACAUAUCGUCGGUACAUAAUUUCAAUGUUACAUUUUCGUGACAAACCAAAGAUUCCAAAAGUUGGUUCAACCAUUCAAAUAUCUAUCGUCCCUGGCAAUAAUAGUCCCCGUUCUCCUCAUUCAAAAAAUCGACAAUAA